UUAAUUGUUGUCGACUUAAACAACAAAUUUAAAGUCUAACAAAUUUUUAAAACUAAAACACAAACUAAUUUAAAACAACUACUAUCUGUAAAAUUAUGUCUAAUCCGUCAUCAGGUCAUUACAAUCCACGAACAGAUGCUAUCACUGAAGAGUCGACAGAACCGACCGGAUAUACUGGUAGACAACGAGCCUAUGGUUUUAUUAAUGAUCCAUUCAAUGCAAAUGCUGAUGAAUUCAGAGGACGGGCGCAUGGAUUCUAUGGCUGGCCUCCAAAUUUGAUAAGACAUAAAGCACCAGAACCCUUACCUCCCAUUCCUAUGCCUCCACACCCAAUCACUCCACCACCAAUUAUACCUACUCGUGAAUACUUGGAGCUAACUCGCCAGCGUCGUCAGCAACGCGAUUAUUAUCAGCACACUAAAGGUGGUAUUAGAGAUCCAUUGAGUGAUAUGAGGUCAAGACACCGAAAUUAUGGCUUUAAUCCUCGAUGGAUGAGCGAUAAGCUAUACCCAAGAGAAAAGGAGACCGAUCCUACAAAUUUUGGUUUUGGAACAUUUAAUAACCAACCGAUUCAUGGACCGGCCGAAUGGCAUCAUUAUUACGCUGACUGGUCACUAGUGGGCGAACAAUACACGAAAGCAAUACCGGCUAAUGUCCCGCUACCUGUUGAAGAGCUAUCCUAUAUCGAGAGUCACGGCUUCACAUUCAAAGAAGAGCUCGGGUCGGGUGGUUUCGGUAAAGUUUGGAAAAUUACUGCCGAACGACUAGUUAAAGAUGAUCAGGGAAACUAUAAGGAAGUGGAUCUGGCCUGUAAGAUACUUUCAUUGGCUAAAUUUACUCAUUUUUAUCCUCAAGCGAGUGUCAAACAAGUGGUCGAUCUAUUACUCGGAGAGGCACAACUCCAUUCAACUCUGAAACACCGCAAUAUUGUUACCACUGAACAGCUGUUUUAUAUUCACGACAUCACUACUGGUUUUCCGUUUUGCCGGUGCAUACAACUGAUGGAACUGUGCGACGGCGAUCUCGAACAGUAUUUGGAAAGAAACCCAAACCGAAAGUUGGACGAAAAAGAGGGCCGUUGGGUAUUGAGGGACUAUGCUUCAGGAUUACAAUACUUACACCAAAACAACAUUUGCCAUUUGGAUCUAAAGGUACACAACAUUAUGUACAUUAAACGGUCAAUUAAUCUGACUUUCAAAUUGUCAGACUUUGGAUUGUCCCGAAGGUUCGAUCAGGGAAUAGAAGGUCAAGUGUUUGGACCGAUUGGCACUCUUAUCUAUGCGGCUCCAGAGGUACUUCGUAAGCCAUCCGGUUGGUCCAAAGCUAAACCUAUUGAUAUUUAUACUUUAGGUCUAGUAUUUGUUGAAACACUGGCCGGUUCGGCAAAUUUUGAACGAUUAGUCAAAGAUAUCAAAAGAAAGACUGCCGAAGACAUCAGACGAGUUUGGGGUAUCUCUAAAGGACCGUACGAUUUGAUCAAAUCUAUGCUUAGAACUGAUCCAAAGAAACGACCGGACAUCGAUCAAGUUAUCAACAAUUACUGGGUUAUACAACAAUUUUGAGGACAGUUUAAGAGAUUCAGUGGUCAUUCAAUGAAUUAUUAAAUUAUAGAAAAAAUUACUAACUUUUAGAAAUAUAAAUUACUAUAAUAUACUAUAGUUUAAAUUAU